CCUUCCGCCUGGUUCCAAAAUAGCAGCGCCAAGCCAUCCUAAGCAGGCCCAUAAUAUAUAUUUGUGUCAUCAGGAACCUGCGCCAGUGAGAGUUUCGCCGAAGACAGCCCACGAGCUUGUUUUGGGGAAGACUUGCUCCGUAAGCUUCUCUGAUGGUUGGCCAAGAAAGUCUGACAGGGGUGGAUCGGAUGCUCCACCCAAGGACUACCUACUUGGUUGAAAUAGAGUUGCCUGGACCCUUGGAAUAUAAACCAGUGCAUGACGACGAUUGAAGUCGUGAGAAUAAUACAGGCAACAGUAUUAACCCAAGACCCAAGAAUAUUAGAAUCUGCUUUAAAUAUCUUCAUGCCCAGUAUACAUACCAGUCCAAGAAGCCAACACCUACCAGUUUUACAUCGCAUCCACGACCCCAUCUAAGCGCAGCACAUUCACUGAGAAGAGCAUUACCACAGAGAGAUCCCCAGCAGCGGAAAGGGGAAAGCAAGCUCCCGUCAACCCGGAAGGCACGCGACGCGCGACACGCAACUCCACUACCCCGCCAUGUCAUCCGCAACCACCACCGUCCUAUCCAUCCCGGAACUCCUCCAAAACAUCCUCACGCACCUCUCUGUCCCCGAUCUCCUCCUCACAGCCCCCCUCGUCUCCCGCACCUGGCAACACGCCAUCCUCUCCUCCCCCCUCCUCCAGCAGCAGCUCUUUCUCGCCCCCGCCCCAGCCACCACUCCCAGGACCGUCAAUCCGCUCCUUGCGGCCAAAUUCCCCGCGCUCUUCGACAACCCGCAUUUCGGGAAGCGCUAUGACAUGCCGAGUAGCACGCAGAGGGCGUAUGCACCAUUCCGCUACAUGAUGAAUCGGUAUAUGAGGCGGUAUGUGGUGAAGAUGGAGGAGGUGUGGGAGAUGGAGUGUUUUGCUGGUGAGGGGGCGAGGGAGGUGUACUUUUACCCAGGGGCGAGCUGGCGGAAGAUGUUGGUUGUGCAGCCGCCUGUGUCGGCGACGGAGCCGCGGGAUGGGGUGGAGGCGUAUGGGUUGGCGAAGGAGGAUUUGACGAUGGGGACGUUGUUUGAGGAGUUGGUGCAGGUGAUUCGUGCGGAUGCGAGGGCGAGUGUGGAGCCGGCGGUGGUGAGGAAUAGUCGGUGGAAGCAGGGGAGGGAGAUUGUGCUUGAUUGGGGGGAGCCGAUGGCGAGCGUGACGCCGGUGUUUCGGGAGUUCUUUUAUAGUCGGUGGGAAAGGGAGGAGAAGAUGAGUAGGCUUAGCACAGGAGGGAGAUUCAAUAGGUCAAAUGCGGGGAGUUCAACCCAUCAUGAUACUCUACUGUGAGUAUAUAUGUUAGUCGUUUACAUUGGAGAUAUUUCUUGGGGAGUCUGAUAGAAUCUAAAGCUAGAAAACGUUUAUAGACACAUAAUGAGCUAAAUAAAUAUGAAAAAC